UGACGUCUCCUUCUAGUCUAGAGCCUGCCUAGCGGGUUUACGGGUGGUGUGGCUGUACAAUACAUGUGGAUUUUUAGAAUAAAUGCUAUUGAAAUUUCUUGAUUGAAUAGUUUUAAAAUUUAUAUACACACCAUAUUUAUUUGAAAUGGCUGAUCUAGAUGAUUUUUUUGCUAAGAAAGACAAGAAAAAGUCCAAAGGAAAGAAGUUUGCCACUGCAGAUGAAAUCGCCAAGAAGCUAGAGGAAACGGGUAAAAAGACAGAAAAGACCAAAAAGGAUAAAACUCUACAAAGUACUGCAGGUCAAGACGGCGAAGAAAACGGGACUCUAAUUCAGGAAGAUGAAUGGAAGGAUUUUGAGGAAGAAAAGAAAGACUAUACUGGUCUUAAAAUACAAAAUAUAACACUAAAUGAACAAGAGAACAAUGAGGCAGAAAGUGAGCUUGAUGGGGAUGAAGAAGGAGGUAUGGAAGAGAAUGAAGCUGGAGAAAUGGUACCCCGGCGGAAAGUAACGUCAGGCCCAUGGAAGGUAGUGGCACAACCCCAAACUCAAGAUGAUUCCACUAAUGGUGAAGGUGAACGAACUCAAGAGGAGGAGGUAGUGAGGGUACCUUUGCGCAGUGGAGGUACUUUGAGUGGGGGUGCCUACAUUCCCCCGAACCUCCGGAACCAGCCUCCACCAAUGGCGUUUACAAGUUCAAGAAUCCAAAAACCCAAAACUGCUCCUGACGUGAACAGUGAAACUAUGUUCCCGACGUUGUCAGCAGCCACUUCUGCUGAACCCACUGGUGCUUGGGGGCGUAAAUUGAAGCGGGAUGAGGUGGGAUUUGAAGAAGUUCGAAAAAGCAAAUCUCAUUCAUCACGAUACAUGGACACAUCAGCUCGCAUGACCCCUAACAAGCUCUCCCUCGGCAACAAAUUCGGGGCCCUCACUGAUCAAAGCUGAGUUAUAAGAAUUUUUUAACAAUAAAUUUGUUCCAACAUUUUUUAUUUUUUAUUAUUUAUUUCUUUUACUUCAUAUUGUUGAUUCAUUUGAUGUUAUAAAACUGUUUUAAUUCGUACGACGUUAUAAUCAUCUUGUUGACAAGGGUUCCUAUUGAAGAGAAAUUUUCUUUUUAUUUCAUUGUUAGUGAACUUUAUAGCAGAAUAGGUGGUUAAACUGUGCUGUUGCCUUUAAGCCUUCGUUACCAACACGGAAGAACAAUGGACUCUUCCUCGUCAGUGAUCUUCCAAGUGUGGAGGCCUGCUGCUGCUCAAUACAGCUUCUCUCCGUGGCUAUAUGUUCAUUACAGUUUUAAGUAUAUUCCUGCAAUAAUAAUGAUAUACAAGAACUAAGUAUACAUAUGUGUUUAUGAUAUCAGUGUGAAUAAUGUAUUGAAAUAACUAACUUUUAAGGCAAUAUUUUCGCUAGCAGUUCUUUAUAAAAUGCUUUUUUUACAUAUAACUUUGAUUUAUUACUAGUGAAAUGUCGUUAAAAAUACUUUUAUGAAUAUUUUUCUCGUAAAAAAUGUCUCAUGAAUAUUUUAAGGAACCUUUUAUAAGUCAGUAAUAAGUAUUAUUUGAUACGUCUUUAAUAACUCUCUAAACAUUUUUCUUAACCGUUAAUAAUGGCUUAUAUAACCGAUGUUGUGUGUAAUUUUGUUCUAAAUAAGUUACACAAAUGCACGCUUCAUUAAGUUUGAUUUCUGAUUUCUAAAGGACUUUAUAGCUUACUUUAUUGUUAAUAUUUACAACUGGGAACCCUUAUUCCAACAAUUGUUGUGUUAUUUCAUUGAAUACUGUAUGUUAAUAUGUACGAGAUUUAGCUAUUUUUAUAUUUUAUUGUGUACUAUACUCAUUUCUGAAUUUAUUUUUUAUUUUUUAAUAAAAUCGAUUCCAUUAGAAUUUUUAAUAAAAAUUGUUCUUUUUAAUUUGUAUUCUGAAAAUAACUUUUAGUCAGAACUGAAGUUUAUAUUAGGAGGAUGUUUAUAUACGUACGUAAACAAGGAUACAGUUGGGAAAUGAUUUGAAGUUAGGCUAGUGGGAGUAGUUCUCUCUUCCACAUGUUCCACCACCUAUCCCACAUUCCUUGGCUUACUUUCUUCUCAUCUCCAAACUGUAAAUACUAGUUAAUUUGUUUGAGAAGGAAUCGGUUCCUCUCAAAUUAAACAUUUUAUUUGUUAAAGUUUAAGAUUUAUUUGUAUAUAAUGGUUUCUGUAGAAAUGUGGACUAUUGUCAGGUCUGUGGAUGUUGAUAGCCUUCAUAAAACAUGUUUGUAUUUGAAAUAUGCACAAAAUUAUUUACAAAUGUAUGUGUGAUAUACAAAAUUAUAUAGAAUAAAACUGUCAAUUUUGUUCCCUUAUUUCCUUACAAUAAAUACUUUGCCUUGUGUUCA